AUGGAGAACAAGAUUUCCUUCCACCCAAAACCGCUUAUCAACCCUUACAUUGGGUCGCCGCGUAUCCUUGUUAUCGGAGGCGGUGUCACUGGGCUUGUCACCUCAUGGGCGCUCCUUGAUCGUGGCUAUCAUGUCACUGUCUUGGCCAAAGAGUGGGCGUCGUACGGUGAGGGCCCGCGUCUCACGUCUCAAAUUGCGGGCGCUCUGUGGGAAUACCCUCCGGCCGUCUGCGGUCAACAUACAGAUAUCAUCUCUCUUCACCACUCCAGGCGCUGGUGCAUGACGGCCUACCGCAUCUGGGAUGCUAUUGCUGCCGACCCAGAGCUGGUGGCCGUCUCCGGGGUUCGCAUGAAGAAGUCAGCCUUCUUCUUCCCCUAUGCAAUCCCAGAUGACCAGGUCCAGUUUCAGAAGAUGCUCGAUAUUGAGAAGAGCGGCGUUCGAGGCUUUCUUCACUCGGCAUCGCUGAUCCAACACUACGGCAUCAACCCUUCUCACGUUGUUGCCGACGCCUACGAGCUGCUCGCGCCCAUUAUUGAUACUGACCAGGCCAUGACGUGGCUCAUGGAUUUGGUUGAGAGCAAGGGCGCCACAUUCGUUACCGAGACUAUACACGGCGACAUCUUCGACCAUGAGUUGGAGCUACGCCAACGCUUCCACGCCGACGUCAUCAUCAAUGCGACGGGUCUAGCAGGCUACGAGACAGCUGGGGACGCGUCUUGCUACCCUAUCCGAGGCGGCCUCGUGCGCGUCAUUAACGAUGGCGUCGGCUUUCCUCGCGUCGAUGCUGCGCUGAGUAUCUCGGCAGACGCUGGCUACGGCGCCAACGAGAUCGUCUUCAUUGUGCCCCGGAGUGACCGUGUCCUCCUGCUUGGCGGGAUCAGCGAACCUCACCAAUGGGACCUGGACCACCGACUAGAUACCCCCAUUAUCCAGCGUAUGCGAGAGCGGUGCGAGGAUUUCCUGCCCGUGCUUAAGAACGCUCAGCUUGACCCAGAUUAUCCACUCGCACAGGGGCUGCGACCCUUCCGCGGUUCGAAUGUACGUGUCGAGAGGGAGCUGCGCAGGCAUGGGGACGCCUCGACGCCGCUUGGGGCAGCUGUGAGCCGGAUUGUACACAACUAUGGCCACGGAGGUGCCGGUUGGAGCCUCUCAUUCGGCUGUGCCGAAGAUGUGCUUCAUCUUGUCGAGGAGGCGCUCAACGACCUCCCACCCAGGCCGAUGACGCUUGAUGGACGGAAUUACAAGUCAAUCCCGGACAGGAAGGAUAUGGCUCGUUUGUAA